GAAGGAAGGUGAGACGUAAUCACCAUGGUAACCAUGCCCAGGUCUGCUGACAUCAUCAGUGUGCGCCGGGACCGGCGGAAGUUGAGAGGAAGUUUGCGGGAGAUGGUGAAGCUCGGCUGAAUUGUUAGUGCUCGGACUGAUGUCCUGGGGACGUGACCCGACUGUUUUGUUUCAUCAAGAAGAAAUGAGCACCCAUUCAUCUUCAUCAUCAUCGACAAGCUCUAAAUGCCGAAUUCUUUCCACUCUGAAAAAUGUUUUUGGAUUUAACAAAUUCCGGUCGGAUCUGCAAGAAAAUGCAACCCGAACUGUGGUUAAAGGUGACAAGGAUGUGUUUGUGUGUAUGCCAACUGGAGCUGGUAAGUCUCUUUGCUAUCAGCUCCCGGCUGUCCUCGCUGCAGGAAUCACCAUUGUCAUCUCCCCCUUGAUAGCUUUGAUUCAGGAUCAGGUAGACCACCUUAUAUCCCUGAAGAUUGAAGCUUGCUCUCUGAAUUCCAAGCUGGCAGUAGCAGAGCGUAAGAAAAUCCUCCAGGACUUGGAGAGCGAGAACCCUAAGAUUAAACUCUUGUACAUAACUCCUGAAAUGACUGCAGCCUCUUCCUUCCAGCCAACCCUAAAUAUGUUGCUCUCCAGAGGUCUCCUCUCCUACCUCAUCAUAGAUGAAGCUCACUGUGUUUCUGACUGGGGUCACGACUUCCGACCUGAUUAUCAGCGCUUGGGAUCUUUGCGUUCACGUUUGCCACAGACGCCUUGUGUUGCCCUCACUGCUACUGCCACGAAACAAGUGCAGGAUGACAUCAUAGCUUCACUGAAUCUACGCAAACCUAUUGAAAUGUUUAAAACACCCUGCUUUCGUAGCAACCUAUUCUACGAUAUACAGAUAAAAGAUUUACUGGGAGAUUCGUAUGGGAAUCUGAAGGACUUCUGCUUGAAAGCUCUGGGAGAAAAAAAAUCUUCCGGGCAGUUUCCAGGUUGUGGAAUAGUCUACUGUAGGACCAGGGAGGCUUGUGAAGAAGUAGCAACUCAGUUGUCUCAGCGGGGUGUCCCUUCUAAAGCCUACCAUGCAGGCCUUAAAGCAGCAGAUCGAGUAACCAUCCAGAAUGAUUGGAUGGAGGAAGUGGUUCCUGUGAUUGUGGCCACCAUCAGCUUUGGCAUGGGAGUGGAUAAAGCGAAUGUAAGGUUUGUUGCUCACUGGAAUAUUGCCAAAUCAUUGGCUGGCUACUACCAAGAGUCUGGGAGAGCAGGUCGUGAUGGCAAGCAGUCUUUUUGUCGUCUCUACUAUUCCAGGACUGAUCGGGACCAAGUUAGCUUUUUGAUCAAAAAGGAAAUUUCAAAAUUACAAGCAAAACGAGGAAGUGUUAAAGCAUCAGACAAAGCAUCAAUGGCUGGAUUCGAGACAAUGGUGAAUUUUUGCGAACAGUUGGGGUGCCGCCAUGCUGUCAUUGCAUCAUAUUUUGGUGACGAGAAGCCACUGUGUAACAAGUCCUGUGACUGCUGUAAGAAUCCACGAGCAGUGAAGCAGCAGAUCGAACAUUUGCAAGGUUUGCAGUUGAAUGGAAGAAGUAGAACCUGUGUCCAGCAACCUGGUGCUCCGCCUGGACCAUUCGGAUAUAACCCAGAUCUCUAUGAAGGAGGCAGGAAAGGGUAUGGGUUUUCCAGGUGUGACGAGGAUUCUGAUGAGGGAAAUGAAGAUUCUUCUGAUAAUCGCAAGAAAGAAUGGAACAGCUUUUACCAGAAACAGAUGAAUUUAAGAAAGAGCAAAGAGCUGGAAGAAUUUAUUUUGCCCAGUGAUGACUGUCCACUUAAGGAUGGAGCUAAUGGCAAAAUACCCAAACUUACCGUCAAGGCUCGGGAGCACUGCCUGAAGAUGCUGGAGGAAGCCAUUAGUAAAAAUGUACAGGUGACCAAUACUGGAGAUAGAGUGGAUGUCUCCUCUUCUGCUGUAGACCUAGAAUAUGAGAUUUUCCGAAGCAGCAAAAUGUCAAACCUUUAUAAAGCAGCAAUAUUAAAAAAGGUCUCCGAGAUAAAUAAAGCUUCAAAGGAGGAAGAGCCAUAUGUGGAGCUUGAGUCUAGUAAAUCUACACAGAAAAACAAGACUAAAUGGGAUGCACCCGAAGAUGGAUUUGUCUCUGCCUCUCAGUUGCACACAUUUAAACGUAAGCGAGUGGGACCGUCAUCACUCUUCCAAACUGCAUCAAGUGUACUUCAAACUACCACAGCAGCCUUGGAGGCAGAACACAAACAGCCCACCAAUCCUGGCUCCUCCACGCUAAGUGAACCUCCGAGUUCUAGUACUCCUUCUGUAAAAACAGAAAGCCCCAGUAAAAUGGUUAGUAGCCCAAAUAAGAAGCCCAGACAGAGCAAGAAGAAGCAGGAGCUGGCCUCCGCCGCUGCUAAAGACUCUCAGAACAUUUCUAAGUUUUUCGCAUUGCAGAGUAAGUCUAAUUCUUCAUCUAGUACCCAGAGCUCCGCAAAAAGCGACAGUCCAUGCCAUGAAAAUACGUCUAAAAGUGACAACUGUGAAAUCCAAGAAGCCUUCUCCUCAGACCCUCUAUAUGGGCUUCAGGUUAACAGUAAUAAACAUGAUGGAAGUAAGACGGAUUCUAGUAGGAAAGGUGACCUUGUCAAACCAUUAGAAAAAAGUCUUGUCAAGUUUCUUGACAACUCAACAGAAGAGCCAUCAGACACAACAUACCUCACUGACUCUUGGACACACAGUUCUGACACUGGAGACGUGGAAACCCAAGAUAGGCAACCAUCUGAAACAUGUGCCAUGGGUGCCUUAAAAUUACCACCACUACAAAGCGGGGAGUGUUUUGUAGAGUCUAAGGAGGCGUCACAGGUGAAACCUCACAUAUUCUCAGACUUAAGCGUAUCCAGAUCUCCAGCAUCUGAGAAGAACACAUCGCAGCAGGAAUGUGUGGAACCAGCACGCAAGAGACAAAAAAGAGAAGAUACUUCCAUCUUGUUAAAUCCCGAAAAAGGGAAUAUUGGGCAAGGGAAAAAGAAGGUAACCUUUGACCCAAACUUAAGCCAACAAGACAAAGAAGGUACAGCCAAAAUCCUGCAGCCACCUGGAAAUAAAGUGGUGACCCUAAAAGAGACAGCUGACAUUGUGGUGAAAUAUUUGACCCCUUUCUUCCGAGAUGGAAAGUUUGCAUCCAAAGACUUGUUUAAAGGAUUUGCAAGGCAGCUGUCCCACCACUUAGCAGGAGAUAACAAAACACCACUGCGAAAAACUGUAAAAGAAGAAGCUCAGAAACUCAUCAAGACGUUUUUUAAGAAUCGGGCGAGUUGUGAAAGUGAAUCAGACUGGCAGGAGAUUCUGCAACCUGCCACCUGAUUCCAGAAGACCUGCACAUAGUGACAAUCCUGCUGACAUCUAUGCACUUCCAGGCUACCUCACGGUUACUGUCCUGGGAGGGAGGCCUAUUGCUCAACACUUCAUUCUGCCCUCCCCAUUCAUCACAGUUAAAUAUUCCAUCUUUAUCUAUAAAACUUCUUUAUUUAGUUUUCUGUUCUUCUCCAAUCAUGUUAUCAGUAUACAGCACUACUUUGUAUUAACCUCAAUGCUGCUGCUCUGACUGACAACUGACCUGAGUAAUGAUGUAUACUGAUUUGUAAGGGUGCAUAGAUUUGUGCGGGUCUAGGUGCUGAAACCCCCACUCAUCACUAAAGUGCAAUGCUCAGCUGUGCGAUGUGCCUGUUUAUGUCUGCCUACUGAACGGGACUGGCAGUAUAUGGAUCUAUAUAGAAAGUCUGUGGGCUUUUUGUCACUUUGUACACCACUUACACCAUUCUCCAUGCAGUGAUGAGCAGGCACACAAAUGGGCACAGUACUCUGCUGAGCACUGCUGACUGUUUAUUUUAACAAUCGCUGGGGACAACCAUUAGAACUUCUUACAUGUUUCCGUGACAUGUUAGUUUAUUUUUUAAGGUCACCCUUUAACCCAAGUGCUUCACAUUCUUAAAAACCAAAGUAAGAUAUGAUAGGAGCUCAUUCUAAGUGGACUUCCCUGUAUGUGCUGCUAUUUAUAACCCCUACAAUAUUGCCAUCUAGAGGAGGAGGAUGGCACUGUCGCUACAGUAUUGAUGUCCAUUCUGAUCUGUUCCUGCUGCUACUAUUUUCUCUUGCCUAGUGAAUUAGCAACCACAUGUUAACCCCUUGUCUACACAGCUUUACAAACUCCCUCCUUCCAAGACAAAGAAAGAAUUAGUCAUAGGAUUCAGUUUUUCAGGUUUUUUUAUUUAGGAUUUCUUGCUUCUGGCUGGGAAAUGGCUUAUUAGUGGAGAAAAUCAAAACUAUAAUUUAAUAAUGAAAUAAAAUGCAGGUAUAAGGUUUUUUUUUGUCUACUUCUUAACAUAUCUUACCGCCACAGUUGUUUUCUAUAAUUCCAGGGUGUUUUGUCUUCUGAUAUGUUUCUGUUCAUGUACGUGAAGAGCGACGUAAUAAACAGAGAAGUGGAAAAUGACUUUGUAUACUCUGGUGUCACUUUGCGGCGUGCAAUCUCAGCUUCAUUGUUUUCCUUUUCUUUCUUUUUUCGUAGAUCAUGAAGUAGGAGUGUUCACUAAGGCUAAGUAGCACUUAAUUUUUUUCUUUGUUUUAUGUAGCAAAUGUUAGUAAUCUAAAUAUUGAGUCAUGCUUAAUAUAUUGUGAAAAUGUACCGUCAGACAAAUAUAUAGACAUUGGUCAUACACCCCUGGGUAUCCCAGCAAUAAAAGCUUGUCCCCCAUUUACAUGAUAGGAGAUAACUGAUCUGAUCAUGGGGUAACUCAACUCUCCCAGCUGAUUAAAGCAGCAGGUCGGCAUGUGCUCCAUUCAUUUUCUAUCUCUGGGGGGUCUGUAGAGAAUGAGAACGGAGCUGCUGGGUGCAGGUGCCAAUCUGCCUCUCUAUUCAGCGGUGUUAUUCAGGUCACUGUUCUUGUGAUGGGGAGGGUGGGGGUAACAAGACGAUGGA